CUGAGGCACGCGGUCUUUGUCAGCGUUGAUGGAAUACUGCUACUGUACUAGAACAUCCCAAUGAUACUGAGUUGACUCUGGAUCAAAAGACACACGUCGAGAUGAUGAGUCGCAAAUUUCAAGACAGCAAGGUGAAGGCGACGUAACAAACAUGCUCGCCAUCAGGUUAGGACAAUGUCGUCCUCUCAGCCCUUCCAACCAUCCUCCCCUUUAGCAGGCGGCAAAAGGAGAAAGUCCCGUUUCACAUACAAGCAUCUUCACUUGCUCGGCCAGUCUUCCACGACGUGCCCAUUGAGAGUCAUCGCUUUGAUCGACUAUGACGCCUUUUACGCCCAGUGUGAAAUGGUACGGCUAGGUGUGGUCGAGUCUCAACCUCUUGCCGUUCAACAAUGGCAAGGUCUCAUUGCCAUCAACUAUCCGGCUCGCGAGUAUGGGUUGAGUCGACAUGUCCCCAUCACCGAAGCGAAAGCAAAGUGUCCCGAGAUUGUGAUCCAGCAUGUUGCCACCUGGAGAGAAGGCGACACCAAGUGGGCUUAUCGAGACGACGCGGCCAGCCAUAUUCAAACAGACAAAGUGUCCCUGGACCCGUAUCGUCUUGAAUCUAGAAAGUCUCUGGCACUGGUCAAAGAGAUACUACCACCACCACCUAUCCAGAAAGUUGAAAAGGCCAGCAUCGAUGAGGUCUUCCUCGAUUUGUCUGCACAGAUCCAUCAGAUACUUCUCGAAAGAUACCCCGAACUCAAGUACGCGCCAUACGAUGACCCGACCGAGCACCUGCCACUACCGCCAUCAACCGCUCUGGACUGGCAAGCCGACGCUCUUGUCGACCUCGACUCGGCAGAAACUGAAGAUGACGACCCGGAUUGGGAUGAUGUGGCCAUGAACAUUGGGUCCGAAAUUGUCCGCGGUGUGCGUGCCACCAUCCGUGAAAGGCUCAAAUACACUUGCUCGGCUGGUGUGGCGCGCAACAAGAUGAUGGCGAAACUAGGUGCCGGAUACAGGAAGCCCAAUCAGCAGACGAUCGUGCGAAAUCGAGCCGUGCAGCAUUUCCUGUCGGGCUACAAGUUUACCAAAAUCCGUAACUUGGGUGGUAAGCUUGGGGAUCAAGUGGUGGACACGUUCAACACCGACGAGGUCACCGAACUACUCAAGAUUCCCCUUGAACAGCUCAAGUCGAAAAUGGGGGAAGAGACGGGGACGUGGCUGUAUGGGACCAUUCGCGGUGAAGACCAUAGCGAAGUCAGCUCCCGAACACAGAUCAAAUCCAUGUUGUCGGCAAAAUCCUUUAGACCAAGCAUCAACACCACGGAUCAAGCGAACAAGUGGCUGCGCAUCUUUGUGGCGGACAUUUACGCCCGGCUCGUCGAGGAAGGUGUCCUGGAGAAUAAGAGAAGACCGAAGACGAUAACCCUGCAUCAUCGUCAGGGCGGGCAAACAAAAUCGAAGCAGUUGCCGAUCCCCUCGGGCAAGAAGAUCGACGAGACUAUCCUGUUUGAGCUCGCAAAGACACUACUCGGGCAGGUGGUCGUCGACGGCCGGGCGUGGCCGUGCGCCAACCUCUCCCUCAGUGUCGGAGGAUUCGAAGAAGGCGUGGCUGGUAACAAGGGCAUCGACAUGUUUUUGUUGAAAGGUGAAGAGGCCAAAGCUGCCAUCGAAGCACCGUCUCGAAGUAACACUACGACACCCAAUAUCGAAGAUUUGAUACCAGCCAAGCGUCGAAGACUCAACGACGCUCCUACUAACAUUGCUCGCUUCUUCGCAAAGGGCGAAAGCACAGAGGAAGCUAGCGAAUCUGCCGACGAAGAUAUUGUAGCGCAGGAGCAUCAUCUCGAAGCGAACAACGACGGCAAUGGCAACGGCGACGAGGUCUACCACGACGAAGGACCCGACCAACACCUCACUCACGCCAUGCAAGAACGAGACAUCGCCACCUACUUUUGUCAGGAGUGUCAAAAGUCCAUCAACGAACCCGAUCGUGGCGAGCAUGAAGACUGGCAUUUUGCCAAACAACUCCAGGCUCAAGACGCGCCUGCCGUAACAGGGCCAAGCAAUAGUCGCCCCCCCGGCCCCUUGCACACAAAUAAGACGAAACGAGGAGGCACAGGAUCAAACAGUCGAGGUCGAGGGUCGAAACCAGAAAAGGGCCAGAGUCGACUUGCUUUUGGAUAGUUUUCGUCUCCAUUUUGGUUGAGAUUUUGGGUAUCACACACCUUACAACAAGUAUUCCAAGAUGUUUUGCAACAUACAAUGACUUUAUGUCUCUUGGAGCGAUGAUUUUUUUUUUCUUUCAUUUUCCUAAACCAAACCCUACAUAGCUUGAUCUUUGUACUCCUUAUUAAACGCCCUCCC